GUUCGUCAUGGCGAGUGGUCAAGAUCUGCCGCUCAUGAGCCUCAGGAGGGGCUGCAGGAGGACAUCGUGACGGUAUCAUGAACAUGCAGCAGAUGCAGCAGCAGCAGGGGAGUCAACACAGGUCAGAUGAGUCAGAUGAGGAAAGGAAUUGUGUGUCAUGACACCCAGUGCAGUGAGAAUGUGUGCAGGUCGGUGACUCGAGCGUUGAAGAGGGGUGCGGAUCUGACGGGUCGAUGCCUGCGGACGACUGGCGGGGCGCUUUCUGUUGUCGGUCUUAUUGUUAUCUUUGCGGAGCUUGCAAGGCCCCUGGGCGCCUUCCACCACACCAACGUUGUCCAGAGUCAAUGGCCCAUCAUCCGAAAGGCCCGCCAGACGUGGGCCAUUCGGGAUGAGUCACUGACAGCCUUGCACUCUUCGCUCGUUUUAUCUCGUGGCGACUUCUUCAUUGACCGCCUUGGCCAUUCUCUGUGGGUGCUGGGGGCCGGCAGGGCAACCCAGCCAUCAGAGAUUGUGCAGCUCGACCCGAAGGCCUACGACAUCUGGACACUGAAGCCAGAGCUGCCGUAUCGUGGUGUGGUGGGCAGCUCUCUGCUGAUCCCUGCGCUGGAGGUGCGGGAGACGCUGAAGCAGGUUGACCGGUGGCUGACGGGCGAGGACCCCUGCGACGCGCUUGACGAGAUAGAGGGUUUGAUAGAGGCCUCGCCGAUGAGCAACAUGGCGGAGCUGAAGGAAAGCUUCAACGAGUACAGUGACAACAUCUACUUCAAAGACCCGGUAGGCCCUGGCGCACAGACGCAGACACUCGUAUCUCACAUGGCGUAUCUCACCUUUUCCGUUCCGGCUGUGUGUGUUCAUUCAGGAGAGGUGGAAUGUGUACCUCCAGGGUGCGGUGCCCACGACCUACCACACACAGCAGUACCUGCUCAAGAAUGCUGUCCUCAGCGACCUAGCAACGCUAAUAGACGAGAUCGACCUCCUGCUGCGGCUCAAGCGCGUCCAGGAGGGAGAGGACCUCGCGUCAGUCACGCCGUCAUCAGACAUGCGGCAGGUGACAGUCGAGGGCCUCACUGUGGCGCUUGGCACUAGCGGCGAGCAGAGGGCGGCCAGCAAGAUCAAGGAGGCGGUCAAGAGCGACCUCACCUUCGAUGAGGCAUUCGAUCGGGAGUUUCUGCGUGCGUGUGUUGAGAGGACCCUGGACAACCUGGGGGAGUACUUGCAGAUGGCGAGAUCUGACGACCUGGAAAGUGCUGAGAGAUCGUUCAAGCGAAAAACACGGCCACAGGCAAGGCUGGCGGACAACAGCGAGAGGACACCCUGAUGUGUGCAGUGCUCGUGUCGGUCGGUGUGUUGUGGACGGUGUGACGGCCGUAAGGCCUUGGCUCGUAUUUGUCGGUCG